GCGUCUUGCUAGAUAGCCUAAAGGGCAAGCUAUAUAUCUAUUUUAUUUAAAGGCUUUCUUACGUUGUUGUGUUGAGGCAUUACAGGGAGAGUGAAGUUCGGUGUAGUCUUGGCAAAAGUGGCCAGCUCGCUUGUGGAGUACGUUAAUGCUAUUAAGGAGGCAUAAGUGCAUAGGGUGAAGUUUGGUGGGGGCUUGGCAAAAGUGACAGGCUCGCCUGUUGACCCGCUCGACCGUGAGGUACGUUAUUGUGUGUGGCUCAUUAUGAGGCCUUGCGUGCAGAACGGGUUGGUGUGCAUCAUGGGGUGGGGCACGGUAAGGGCCCUCGGAGCACUGGAACAGCUCCAGACCUACACAACAUGCAAUCGCAAUCGAUUCGAUUUCACAGCCACUCCUGCUCUCGAUUCUCCGAGAUGAAUCAUCCACACUCAAAAUGACAGAUCCCUCCACAGCGUCACCCUUCCUCCGUCUCCCACUCGAGCUGCACUACGCAAUCUACAAUCAUCUCUGCUCUCCAGAACCACGCGGUUAUCCCACACGGGCUCCCACAACCAUUACAGCUGCCUCAUGUUCAUUCUCGAUCUCCCCUCCCUCCCUACUCUUGACGAACCGACACUUCCUCAACGAAGUAUCAACCUACUACUUCACCCGCUGCAUAUUCCGCUUCGUAGCACAAAGCUUCAGGGCCCUUAACGCCGACAAGAACUACAUAUCGGCCGUGUCUCUGCACAUUGUGCGGAACAUGCGGAGAGUGGAGCUGCUCCUACUGCCCGGGACGAUGAAAGCCAUACCCUCCGACCCUUGGCCGAGUAUCAUGGUGAAGGGCAUGUCGCCAGAGCGGCUUAACGAGCAAGUGCAUUUGCUGAAGAACAAGGCGAAGAGGUUGAGGACGGUAGUUGGUUCCAUACGACGGGUGAGCUGGGACCAUGCAUGGAGUAUGAGAGAGAUGGAGACGUUGUUGAAGCCGUUGGAGGGUUUGAAAGAGAAGAUGGAGUUUAAGGUUGGGGAGGUCAGCGGGCCAUCAGCGAUUGAAGGAAGUAUGAGAAUAGAGUUAGUUGCGGUUCUGGGGCAGCUCAAUAGCUAGGAGUUUGAGGCAUUUGACUCAUUUGUCGGGGUAUGGUGACUAUCAACAUCCACCAAGCUCGUACACGGCCUGUCUACGCUCGUGUAUUUUCAUUUGCUUUGACCAAAAUCUGAUGGCGGCCACCUAACUUGACCCGGGCUGGUUGCGUGUUCGCUUGAAUUCAUUGUCUCGAAAAGCGCAGGA